UUCACAUCUCCCAACGAAAACUGGAGCACCGGCGCUCGGUGCUUCGAAAAAACGGGCGCCGAAGCGUGGCGUCCAUGGCGCGGCAGUGCGCACAGCUCACGGCCAUGCAGACCAUGUAUGACUGGGCGCAGCACAUCGUGCAAGCCAGCGCACGCUGUUUCUCCUUCGAGGAUCCGGACAAACACGUGAUGUGGGAGACCUUAGUGCCAAAGUAUUGUCCCUCGACGGUUGAAUCCCUCGAAACGCGCCGUGAAAACUUUGCCCUGGCGCUGGCUGGCCAGCUGUCCGUCUUCUUUUGCCGUUUCCUGUCCGGACACUUUGGUUCCAGCAGUGUAGGCUUGCUCGUUUUCGUGGUGGGCAACAAUGCUCGAUGUUCUCUUCAACCCUCUGAGUUGACUUGUUACAUUGCCUUGGCCUGUGGAGCUGGGACACUGGAUAUCUUAGACUUGUUUCAGCAAGUGGUAGCUGGCACGAUUGCGGUGCAUUUGCCAUUUGCGGACCACUUAGCCCUGAAUUUACAGGCCUUUGGGCUUUUGUUGGCCCCCAUUUGUGAGUUUGCUGGCAGCCAUUAUGCCUGGGGAUGCUACUUGAUUCCUGCCAUGCUCUUUGAGGGGCCUGAAGUUAGAUCAAUGGUGAUGGAUCCCAGAGCGUACCCUCAGGUGAUGUCAACAUAUCACCGCCAGAUGUUUCACAGUUUGCCUAUGCGUAUGCCGGCAGCGGCCUCGGGGCCGGGCGCGGAUCCCAUGCGCACGCGCAUGCCGCCGGUGGAAGCAGGUUGGGGCGAUCAGGUGGCCUCCAUGAUCCCUAUGGGUUGGCCUGGCUGGCCGGACGUCCAAGCUUACAUGCCCUUUGCCGGUGGAUACCAGGUCGAUGCUUUGGCCUCCUCGUCACAAGAACAGCCUCACGAGCUCCUAGGCGAGUCCACCCCAUCCUGGUCAAACAGAAAGGGCCAGGGACGAGGAGCACAUCCAGGCAAGAAAUGUGAAGUUCAGAAAGAUCACCUAAAGCAAAAAGUCGGAAAAGGCACCUUCUUCGGUUCAUACAGGUCUGCAUUGCAAGCGAUCCAGUCGCAUCUGGCCAAACAGAAGUCGCAAGAUGAGAAGGGGAAAGGCGACGGCAAGGGCACACAGUCCUAUCGCAAAGCCAGAGGCGGACGCAAGGCACAAGGCAAGGCACAACAGAAGUCGUGGCCGAAAAACAGUAACUGGAGUCCUCAUUGGAAACCUGCUGAGCCGGCUGUACGAGUCGAGCCACCUUGGAAGCCGCCAGAGAGAUCUGUGCGAAUCGAUGCGCCACGAGAGGUGCAGAGCCAGAUGCAGCUGAAGCAACUGACUGACCUCUGGGAACUUGUCGCAGGCCAAGAUUCUCCGCAGCGACGGCAUGGUGGAUGGCAUGAGGAGAAGGAAGUGGGCGACAUUAGGUUCAACACCGAAACAGUGUCGCAGUAUUUCAAUGAUCGCCGCAGCAUUUACCAACUGAGCAAAGAUCGCGACAGCCAGACGGAAGCUGGCCUCGAGUGGCACAAUCAGUAUCAUAACUCCUGGAUCUUGAGCAACUUCGAACCGCUGGUAGUGGUCCAUCACAAGGGUGCAGAUGUGGUGGUCAAAGGCAGGCGGAGGCUGAAAGCAGCUCUGCUUCUGAAGCAAAACCUGAGAUCGCGGCUGUAUGUCCGAUGUCACUGCUACGACUUGGAUUCUCAAGCGGCUGAGGUGCCAGGCACAGUACUGGCACUGCGAGGAGCUCCGCAAGCAAUUGCUGGGCACGCCCAAGCACGACGUGCUGAUUUGCUGAGUUCAAAUCCAGUCCCAUCAGAUGGUUCCCGCUGUGAAGGUUGUGGUGAAUACUUCGGCAUUCUUCGCAGGCGACAGAUCUGUGGUUCCUGUGACCGCUAUUUUUGCGCCUCGUGCUUGGGCGCCUUCACUGUUGCGGGCAUUGGUUGCUUUUGUGGUUCCAGAUGUGCGCAAUGCCGUGAGCUGGGGCAAAAGAGUGGCGAAUUUGAGACCAUACGGACAACCAUGGAGGAUGGCGUGAGCGUAACCAUCAGCUUCCCUCCCAAGGCAUCGAUGUUUGGAAGUUCUGGCAGGCGGAAAGUACCUGCCUGGCUUUCGUUGAAGACAGAUUUGGUUUGGGCAAGUUUAGAGCAGCGAGCUGGUCAACCUUUGGAGCAGGGGCAGCUUCCUUUGGCAGAGGUUUUGCAUGUCCGCAACACCGGCAUGCAUUUGGAACUUUCUGUCAAGGGACAAAGUCAGCCGACCCACCUGGACUUUGGUACAGCGGAAGAACGAAUCAACUGGGAGCGAUAUUUGAACCUGGCUGCAGAGGUUCUUGUUCCAGAAAGUGAACGCGCAGACCGUGAAACUGCCAAGGCAGCAUUUCGUGCUCAAGAGAUCGAGGAGCGGAGGGCCUUGAACGAGGAAAGGAAGAAGAAUCUCUCGCAGGGCCUUGGCAUGCGCUACACUGCUGAGGCGGCUAUGGCUGGCAGUGGCUCAGAAACUGGCAGAGGAUACUCAAAACUCAAAUCAUGGCCUGAUAUUUGGCCCAAAUGCCGACCACAAUCUCUCAACAACUUGCCAUCAAUUUUCCUCAACAUUUAUCAGUUUUUGUCCUCAACGUUUCAUCAACGUUUCAUGAUUUCAAUAUCUGACGUACCUGGUACAUACCUGGUACUGGUACUGAGGCGAUGAUGGCCCGCGGCUCCACCGGCUAAGAGAAAAAAAACGCGGAUCUUUAGUGCGAUGGUCAUGGUCCGUGUUUUUUUACAUGUUUUUUAGACAGUGGAACAAGAUAUAUUAAACACACAACUA